CGUCGCCGCCGGUGAACAGCGCGGUGCGAGUAAUCCGGACGUUUUUUUCAAACGAAAAAAAAUCGACAUCCAAGAUAAAAGUUUGCCGAUCGACGAGUGACGAUCGUAACACUCGGAGUGUUGUACUUCAUUGCAAUUUUAAUUUUCGUUAUCGUCGCAACAAAACCCGUGUUCAUCCCAAAAAUUAUUUUUUAUGUUUUAAUUAGUUAACCUUUUUCGUAUUUGUUGUUUUAUUUUUCCAAAUCGCUCAACGAUACUUUUAUAAAUUCAAUUUAUUUGAUAAUAUAAUCGAACCACACAACUGUAAUCGUCGGCCGUCUUAAGCCUUUUUCCCCUCAGACCGACGUGCAUCAUUUCCAUAAGAAUAUAAUAAUAUGUGGAACGACGGUUAUCAUCAUCACAGUUGCAACAGAAACGGUAUCUGUUCCUUCUACAGAAGGAGGCAUAUCUACAGAGACUUUCAGUCGAAAAUGAAAUCCGUCGAACAGGGCACGCCGUUACCUAUAAUGCAGAACGGACGUCUAAACGUUUCGACAGACCUCAACCACGUGCGACCCGCCGCCAUGUUAUCCACGUGCGAUGGUGGCCAUCGCGGAGCCGCCGCCACCCCGGGUGGCCGCGCACAACAAACCGAUCUCAGCCGCCUGGCCGUCCUGAGCUACGAACAGGUGGCCCGACUAAACGACGUGAUGGACGAGACGGUCAGCAUCCACGGCCGUGGAAAUUUCCCCACGCUCGAGGUGCGCCUUCGCGACUUGGUGGCGAUGGUACGCGACCGACUGCGCGCUCAAGCAGCUCCUGAGGACGACGACGUUGCGUUCCCGACCGAACGGUCUGCGGCACCGUCGCCGGACGCCGACGACACGUGCUUUCAAGUACGGAGUAUUAGACUGAACGGCGGGGCGGCUUCGCACGUGCUGACCACAGACACCCAGCCAUACAACGACCUGGACCUGAUAUUCAACAUCAGCCUGUCCGGGAACCGGGAUUUCGACCGCGUCAAGUCGGCUGUGCUCCGGGCACUGGUCGAUUUGCUACCGGAAGGAGUCAGCCGCAAGAGGAUGACGCCGUGCAGCAUCAAGGAGGCAUACGUGAGCAAAAUGGUCAAGGUGAACAAGGACGGCGACCGGUGGUCGCUUAUAUCACUGGGCACGUUGCCGGGCCAGCGGAACGUCGAGCUCAAGUUCGUCGACCGAAUGAAGAGGCCGUUCGAGUUCAGCGUCGAUUCGUUUCAGAUCGUACUCGACUCGCUGCUGCUGUUUUACGAGUGUUCCAGCGGUGUGCCGAUUAGCGAGAGCUUCUACCCAACCGUAGUCGGCGAAUCCGUGUACGGUGACUUCCGGGAUGCCAUGUAUCACCUGGAGAACAAGCUGAUAGUCACCAGGAACCCCGAGGAAAUCCGGGGCGGCGGGCUGCUCAAGUACUGCAACCUGUUGUUGCGCAACUACGCGCCUGACUACGACGGUGACGGCACCAAAAAGCUGGAGCGGUAUAUGUGCUCCAGGUUCUUCAUCGACUUUUCUGAUAUACACCAGCAGCGCGCCAAGCUGGAGAACUAUUUGAAAAAUCACUUUUGCGCGCCUCAAGAGGAAUAUAUGAAGCUCCAGUACCUUAACGUGCUGAAACAGGUGGUUGAGGAGAGCACCGUGUGCCUGAUGAUACAUGAAAGGCAUCAGACGCUGUCGCUGAUCGCCGAACUAUCGUGGCGACUGAUGGCCGGUCAAGGCAUGUACUACUAUUACCAUCCACAUCCACAACCGCAGCUGACCAUGUCCAUCGGACACCACAGCCAAUUGCCGGCACAACUACAUUGCCCUUCAUAAGUGUGUUUGAAUUUGAUUUUUUUUAAAUUUUAUUAUUAUUAUUAAUUUUUUUUAGAAAAAUGAUACGUUUAACAAUUUAACAACAAAAUGUUCAUCAUAUUAUGUUAUUAUAUAUAUACAUGAUCUCUAAAAAACAAGUCUCUCGCACUCUGCCUCGCCCGCAAGCCGCCCCCUCCAUCUCAACAAUUUUUUUUUUGACACCCGCGUAACGGCGCCGACCCAGUGAACAAAUUUUCACGUUUGUAUAUUGUACGUACGACUUGAACGAUUUAUCUUUAAAUGUCUGUUAAUUUAUUUAAAUUGUUGUCUAAUAUAUUAUGAUAACGCAUUCGAGUUUUACGUACGUUUUCCGUUAAUAAAAAUGUAUUAGGCUUUUUAGUCUUUAUAAAGUUGAACAAAAAAAAAAAAAAUUAUACUUACUUUCAUUACGUACUUAAUUGGCUACAAUUUAUUUUUUGCGUUUUGGCAGCCAUCGUUGACUAUUACAUAUUAUUAUAUAUAUUUAUAUCGUAUGAACUAAAAGAGGAAAUACAUUCUGCAGUAUACAGAGCGGAACGGUCGACAAAUGAAACACCAAAUUUGUUAUUAUAUUAUUACUUUUUUUUAAUCCAAUAUUAAAUUUACAAACAAAAUAAUAUUAAUAUAUAUUCAUACAUGUAUCUAUAAUUUGGUAAUACACUAGACGGUUAAUAAUAUUGUAUGCAUUUUAUCGCACACGUCUUGUAAUAAUAGAGUUCAAAUCGAUCCUCAAAUUCUAUCAUGAUUAAAUUUUUUAUAUCCUAAGAAAAAAUAUUUGGGCUCGAGUAUGAGAGACUUAUUCUUAUUAUUUUCUUUUUAAUAUAUUUGUAUAUAUAAUAUACACACAUACAAACACACCAACACGUGCAUACUCCGUGCAAUUUCAAAAAUUUGUUGUUUUACUCGAAAUUAAAAAUGUUAUAAUAUUAUAUCACGCGUUUGUGAUAAUAUCUCGAUCGGUGAGAUUGUGCGUAUUGCGGGGAAAACAUUAAACUAAAAAAAAAAAAAAAAAUACAAAAAUACAAAAUAAAUGAUAUGAACCGGUUGUAUUAAGCCGAAGUUUUUAAAUCGUAUAAUUAUAAUAUAUCAUUCUUAUAUAAUAUUAUUAAUUGUCUCCCUUACAAAUAUUGUGUGUGAAGUUAAUCUUUUUUAAUUAAUUAAACUCUCCACUUCCCCCCUCAAAAAAAAAUUAAAAAAAAAAAAAAAACAAAAAAAUUUUUAAUUAAAUUAAACAUCUUAUUUAUAACAUUGCAUUGUUUGUAAUAAACAUUCCGAUUUUUAAAACGUGUAAAUAAUUAUAAAUAUUAUAAUAUUACGUCGAGGAAACACAUUUACGAAAAAAGAUGAACAUCGUCUUGACGCGCGCACGCACCAUCUCUCUACUAUAGUCUGUAAACCACACGAUUAUUAAAAAAAAAACAUCAACAGUUUUUCGUUUAAAGCGCGUACACUACUUGAUAAAUAUGGAUUAUAAUAUAAUUAUUAUAUUAUCCAUAUAAUAUCACGUGUGUACCGCAAGUUAUUACAAUUUAUUUUAUAUGAAAUAUGCAUAACAUAAUAAUCGUUUAUUUAUAUAUUUUUUUUUUUAUAUAUAAAGCUUCCAAUCCAGUGUUUGUUCAGUAUUAAAACUUUAAAAAAAAACUAUGUAAAAUUAUUUUAAAUAUAUUCAUCUAACGUCUUUUUAUCGAGCAAUUCUGAAUGUCCUAGAGUUAUACAAUGUUGUGAUAUUAUUAUGUCAAUCUAUUAUUAUUAUUAAUUAUUAUAUUAUAAUCAUCAUUAUAUAUUAUUAUUAUAUAAAUAUAUAUUAUUCUUAUUAUAUAUUAUUGUUAUUAUAAACUUAAUGUAAUUUUCUUCUUAAAUUAUGUUUUUAUUGUAUUAUCGUCUGUGACGAUAUAUUCUCGGUUAUUGUCCGUCUACCGAGAUUUGUACGUAGUACGUACGUACUAUAAUUUAUAGGUACACAUCUUCCAGUAAUAAUAAUAUUAUAUAAUUAUUAUAAUUGAUACCCUUCCCUUUUUCUUUUGUUAUAUAAUUACCAGAUUGGCGUUUAGAGUGAAACCACAAAAAUACGCACUGUUUGUAAAAAAAAAAAAUGUUUAUAUAAAAAUAAUAAGGCUGACGUCUUUUUAAGUUUUUCUCUUUUACGAUAUUAUGUGUUAAUGAAAAAUUUAAAAGUAUAUUGAUGAUAUUUUACAUAUAUUCAAAAUAUUGUUACGAAAAAGAAAACCAUUAGCGUUAAAUCAUUUUUAAAUAAAAAAGAAUAUUUUAAUUAUUAUUAGAUAGUCUUUGUUUAGUGUACUAUGUAAUAAUAUUUUAAAUAAAAAAUAAACCAUUUUAUUUGUGUAAUAA